UUGGUGUCGCUGGUUGUCCCUGUAUUCGCGCGCGCGCGUGUUAGGAGGGCGGGAGCAUGGAGCGGUAAGUGAUGCGCUCAUCUGAUCCACAGUAACGGGCACUUUUUUGCCGAGUUGCCGCGACACGGACACCUAAAGCAGCACUGACACUGCUGCGGCAUUAAACGUUCGUUCGGAUUAUUUUAUAUAUUCGUAAGUUCACCAGGCUCGUGUCGCUGCUAACACGCUAGCUGGCGAGAGAAUCCGCUGCCGCCGCUCGCGCUGUGCUAUCGAUAGACCCAGCUUUAUUCUCGCCCCCCCCCUCUCUCUUAUAGCCAGAGCCUCCUCCUCCACCCCACCCUUAUUCUGUGUUACUGCUCUACGAUUGGCUGAACGGGUCUUAUUUAUCGGAGCUGUCCAAUCAGUGCACGGUUCAUGAAAGGGCAGCAGCCAUUCGGUGCAAAGGAGGCGGGAUUUUGCGUUUGGAAUACGGGUGAGGAAGAAGAAGAAGAACGCCUAUGAGAGGAGGUAACAUUAGUUCAUAUUAUCUGGUUAGCUCGUGCGGCUAGCUGCGCGAGCUCGUUUCAUCCCGUGUGUUUUCGGGAGACGUGAAGCGGAAACUCGUCACGGUGCUGCUCCGUGUCACCCCGCGGGAGUUAUUAGUACGGCUGGAGUGGUGACGAGUCUCGGUGCUGGUGUCGUUGCUAAGACAGCUAGGAGAAGCCGAUUUGAUCGGGGUAGCUCGUGGAGCGAUGCGCGAGCAGCACGCCUGGAGGGCUCUUUAACACUAACCACUAGGAAGUGACCGUGAAGGUGAGGCCUUACAGAGACACGCUGCGCUUUGUGUCGCCUUUCACGGAGCAUCAGAAAUCUGCUAACGUACGCACGCUUCCUUUUGAAGAUUAACUACCUCCGAGGUAUCGGGGAGGAACUCUGGACGGGAUCUGGAUGUGUUAUCUCUCUGACAGACCGGAUCUGUCAUCCUGCUAGCGUUCAGUCUGUGCCAAGGCUUCAUCGUCCAUCCAGUAGCUGGACGGACAUUUACUUCACUUUUUUUUUCCCCUCUUACUGUUGACCAGUGGACCGUCACUAUACUCAUCAUCAUACUGUGGGAUUUUCUUUCGUUUGUUUUUUCUUUCAGACACCUUUUUAAAGUUUUCUAUUUUUUAAUAGAGGUCUAUAUAUAUAUACACAUACAUAAAAACUGAAUUAAUAUACUUUAGAAAGCUAUAAGGAUAUUUUUCCCACUUCCGUUUUGAAGAAUAUAUUAUUAUUAUUAUUAUUAUGCACUUUGGUUUUUUUUCUUUUGAUUUGUUUUUGUUCAAGGAUUUAUAGUUACUCGUGGUGUGAAGAUAGAGGUUUUAUCUUUACAGGAAAUAAUAUAAGAUCAAAGCGUUGAUCUUGUUUGUUAGAUUUUUCUUCUUUCUUUCCUUUUUUUUGCCACAUUGUGAGCUACAGCAGUGCUGCACGUCUCAUUCAGACGUCAUACUCGUGUCUUUGUCUCUCUCUCUCUCUCUCUCUCUCUCUCUCUCUCUUUCCUGCCACAAUAAGGAAUACUAACAUGACUAUCUGGCUCAUGGAGCAUUUAAGCUAUCAGUUUACUUGAGGAGGAAAGAAAAAAGGUUUCUGUGGCUGAACAUCCAGGCAGGAAUCGUUAUCGAUUUCCAAAUCAGAAUAAAGACAAACAGAAGAGAGUCUUUUGCCGAGCUCGUGGUGGGAAAGGGCACUUCCUGGCCACGUCCACUACUUAUGUAUUGUUGCAGCACGCAAGAAAGUAAAAUGGACUAUAAGCGACGCUUCUUGCUUGGCGGGUCCAAGCAGAAAGCACAGCAGCAGCAGCACCAGCAAUACCCGCUCCCCGAGCUGAGCCGAGCCCUUAGCGCGCCGCUCGGGACCUCCUGCUCCACCCCGACCUCGCUGGCACCUGUAGGCCCCACCCUUACUGCCUGUCCCGAUGUUUCGGUCCCGGGCAACGCCACAACCGCAAUCGCCGACAUCCAGCAAGGGAUCUCAAAGUACUUGGACGCUCUAAACGUCUUCUGCCGCGCCAGCGCCUUCUUGACGGAUCUCUUUGGCAGUGUGUUUCGCAACUCGCGCUACUCCAAAGCUGCCACGCAGCUCAAGGACGUGCAGGAGCACGUGAUGGAGGCGGCCGGCCGCCUCACGGCCGCCAUAAAGCCCGAGAUCGCCAAGAUGCUCAUGGAGCUCAGCGCUGGGGCUGCCAACUUCAAAGACCAGAAUGACUUCAGCCUUCAGGACGUGGAGGUACUGGGUCGCUGUUUUCUAACCGUGAUGCAAGUUCAUUUCCAGUUCCUGUCUCAGGCUCUGCAGAAAGUGCAGCCGGUGGCGCAGUCGUGCCUGGCGGAGGCGCUGGCGCAGGUGCAGGAGCGCUGCUCGGGUGCUCGCAGUCAGCCCGGAGCUCUCGGCGAGCUGGACGACGCGACACGCUCAUGGAAAGGAGCAGCAGAGGCAACGGCGCGUCUACGAGAGCGAGGGCAUGACGGAUGUCUGGCUGGUUUUCAGGUGCAGCAGCUCUUCUGCUCCCACAGCCCCUCUCUCCCAGACCAGCAGCUCAAAGAGCUCAACCUGAAGAUAAACAGCGCUCUGCAGGCCUACAGAUCUGCGCUGGACUCUCUGGGUCACUGUGAGUACGCUCUCAAAGGAGGCUUUCACCUGAAACCCAAAGCUAUAGAAGCUGCUUUACAGGGUUGCUGUAGUGAGGCUGAGGCUCAGCAGGCAGGCCGUAUGCAGACCACAUCUCAGCCAAUCCAGUGCGAGUUACCCACAAUCCCUCUGCAGAUCGGCUCACACUUCCUCAAAGGGGUCUCCUUCAACGAGUCGGCUGCGGACAACCUCAAACUUAAAACGCACACCAUGUUACAGCUCAUUAAGGAGGCAACGGGGCAGAACGGCGUGUCGGCGCGGGAUGACUCACCCGUGACGGAGGUGCUGAACCUGGUGUGUCCCUCCACCUGGAGGGGGGCGUGCAAAACGGCCGUGCAACUGCUGUUCGGACAGGCCGGACUGGUCGUAGUAGACACGGCUCAGAUCGAGAAUAAAGAGGCGUACGCUCCACAGAUUACCUUAGAAGGAUCCCGAGUUGUCGUGCAGGUUCCUUCCACGUGGUGUCUGAAGGAGGACCCGGCCACCAUGUCUCUGCUGCAGCGCAGUCUGGAUCCGGAGAAAACCCUCGGCCUGGUUGACGUCCUUUACACUACCGUGUUCGACCUGAACCGCUGGAAAGAGCGCAAAGAACAAGCCCUUCCCACCAUUCAGAUCCAGCUUCAGAGAGACAGCCCUGAUUACACCGUCCCUUCUGACCACCAUCACCACCACCACCCUGGCAACAGCAGCAAAUCCUCCAGCGGCCUGCCCAAGACCAUUUCCAAACUUACCUCCAAGUUCACUAAAAAGGCUUCGUCCAGCUCCGGGAGUGGCGGGAGCUUCUCCAUCCCGAGCACGCCCUCUCGAAGCAUGAGCGGCGUCGACGAUAAGCCCAAAGCGCCGUCUCAGAUUCUCCAGAUGACCGUGACUGGUAGCGGCGAUUCCGGCCAGCAUGCGGCCAACGGUUCGACUCCGGAGGAGCAGGGUAUGAAUCUGCCUACGGACCAGGAAAUGCAGGACGUAAUCGACUUUCUAUCCGGCUUCAACAUGGGCAAGUCGCAGCAGGCCUCGCCGUUGGUCAAGAGGAGGAACUCGGUCGCCUCCAGCAAUGCCGCUGACUUGAAACCGCCAGGCUCUGUGGCCCCGCCCACUUCACAAGCUCCGGUCCUGCACGCUGCGAUCCCAUUGGUUCAAAAUGUGCCUCAACAACAGCAGCAGCAGCAACAACAACAACAACAACAACAACAACAACAACAGCAGCAGCAGCAGCAACCUCCUCAGCUCCCAACUACACCCAAACAGCAGCAACAAACCACAGUUCCUCCACAACCACCGGCCCCAGCGCAGCCCUCGCCUUCUCCACAAACCCUGCAGUACUACCAGCACCUCCUGCAGCAAUCCCAGCAGCCCUCACCCGUGUCACCACAACUCCCCUCACAGCAGCAGCAGCCCCAGGCUCUUCCCCCACAGCAGAGAGCUCCUGGAAAGUGGCCCCAGGUUCCUCCGGGCGGGCUCUCACCCAUCGGUCACAUGACUCAGUGGACUUUGCCUGACCUGAGCUCGGACCUGUACAGCCUGGGGUUGGUCAGUACCUACAUGGACAGCGUGAUGUCGGAGGUGUUGGGUCACAAGGCGCCACCAGGGCCGCGCAACAACACCUGGCCUAAUCGCGAGCAGAGCGAGCAGGGCAUGUUCGGGGUGCUGGGUGACACGAUGCCCUUUGACCCUGCAGUUGGCUCAGAUCCCGAAUUUGCUCGGUACGUAGCUGGGGUCAACCAGGCCAUGCAGCAGAAGAGGCAAGCACAGCAUGUCCGUCGUCCUAGCAACCCUCGUAGCAACUGGCCCCUCCCAGAAGACCAGCACAGGACCUGGUCCCACCCAGAAUACUACAGCGAGGGGGAGGCAGUGAACAGUACCUGGUCAGCCAAUCAGGGCGACUCUGCCAGCUCGAGUGACGAAACCUCCUCAGCCAACGGAGACAGCCUGUUCUCCAUGUUCUCUGGUCCUGAUCUGGUAGCUGCAGUCAAGCCAAGAAGGAAACACAGCUGUGGUGAGCAGGAAGUGUGUACACUGCCCUCUCCUCCUCUCCACCACGCCAGUGAUGACAAUAACCAGGAGAGCAAAACUAAAACAUGGCCUCCGAAGGCGCCGUGGCAGCACUCGACACACUCCAACACCAUGCCCAAUCCCAGCUCUUCCCUCUAUCAGAUGACGAUACCUUCCAGCCAAUGGGGCGACUCCAUGCAGAUGCUGCAGUCUCCGGUUUGGUCGACAGCCAAUGAGUGCUCUCCUUCCAGCGGCCUCUCGUCCGGCUUCCCCUUCACUCAGCAGCAGCAGCAACAACAGCAGCAGCAACAACAACAGGUCUCACAGCACAAAGCUCUGAGUAAAGGCUUCAAGAACUUCCCUCUGAAACCCGAGCACCGGCCCUCGUACCUGCAUCAGUACUGACCCCGCCCACCCUCGCCCACUUUCAUCUUAAUCGCUGUUCUGUGACCAGAGAGUGUAGGCGAUUAGGGCUAUAUUAGGCUGGUCCUAGAUCAGCGGUUACAGGUUUAGCGUUUAUGCCACGGUUGGAGACGGUGCUGGUGUAAAGGCGGGUGGCGACACCGUCACACCCCACCCCACACCCCCCUGCUUGUGUGUUUCCGUACACACCCACCCGUAGCUGAGACUUUACUCCGGACCGUGCUCCCGAUCCCCCCCCCCCCUCCCCAAUUUUGAUAGUUCUUUAGACGAGUGUGUUUUUAUAGGCGAAUUUAUAUCGAACGUCGUGGCAUCAAUAUCGUUGUUUUUUUUUGUUUGUUUUUUUUGUAUGCGUCAGAUCCCAGAUCCGUACAAGAACCCUCCUCCAACCCCCGGUUUUCCUGACUGCCAUUUGCGCGCCGAUUUAGUGCAUGAUUUCCCGCUUCCAGCAGCUCGUCGUCACUUUCGCUCGAGUCUAUGAAUACCUUAAAAAGAAAAAAAAUCUGCCAAGAUUAGAAAAACAGCUCUCUCCAGGAAUCCUCGAGAUUCUUUCCAGGCACACAGAGCGGAUCGGGUGACUUGCAUGGCCGAAGAAUAUCACGUGUGUCUGUGAGGGUGUUAACAGGAUGCAACCUGUGACCAUACUGUGUCCAUAAGGGAUAGGAUGGGAUGAUGAUGAGGAGGAGAUAGGGGGGGUUAAAAAUUUAAAAAACAAAAACAACAAAAAAAAAAGCUGUAACUGCCAAACCUGGUUGGUGUCGUAUCGCUUAGACUCCAGUUCCCAGCUACUGUUCCAUAGCGUGUAAAUGACAAAAAAAAAUAUGAAUAAUAAUUCUUUUUAUGAAGAAGAAGAAAAAGCUUUGAGCAGGCUCAGCAGAAAUCUAAUAAUCAUAGCAGAUGUGUAAUUUGAAAAGAAAUACACUACUUUUUCAACAUCUGACAAAGUUUAAAAAGGAAAAAAAAAGAUUAACUUUAGUAACGCAGUAAGUAAACCACGUGCCAUGUCGAUAUUAUAAUAGCACUUGCGUAUCUUGUUUUUUUGGUUUUUUUUUUUUCAACCAAAGCGUUACAAGUUUGUUCAGUCAGUGAAAGGCGUUCGAUGGAAGCCAUCUAGUGUCCUUUAAAGAGGAGACGUCAGACGCCACCGUUCAAUUCAUCCAUCGUCUGAUCACUUCGUUUCAAUUGGCUCUGGACGAUACUAAACACUAAAAAGAAAAAAAAAAAGAAACAUAACAGUCACAUGACCUGGUUUUUUUUUUUUUUAGAUACGAUAUAUUUCUUGUUUAAGAUAUUGACAGUAUUAAUCUUAUUUUUGUAUUUUCCUAUGUUAUACCAUUACUGUAUAUGUUAACGUAAUAUAGGCUGAUUAAGUAAAACAUUUAUUAUUCAUCCUCCCCAAGAUGUGAAAAGCACAUUUCUAUUCACUCUCUCUCUCUCUUCCCAGAGUUUAAACUGUUGACAAAGUGCUUACCAAAAAAAAAAAAGAAUUAAUCUUUACAAACACUAAAACCCGUAAUUAGAUUGGGGUGAUUUCGAUUGUUUGUUUGUUUUGUCCCGUCUCCCUUUUGUUUCUCCAUUUAAACCUGCCCAGGAGAUCUUUUUUUUUUCCCCCGUAACAUUUGUGGAUGCCAAUGUUGCCUGUAUUUAUGAUAUGACCAUGUUUUCUGAAACUAACCUACUUAACAUGUUUACAGAGAAUCGUUUGCUGUAUAUAAAAUAUAUAAAUAUAAAUCUUAUAAAUCUAUAUCUUUUUAUAGUUCUGUGCUUUGCACAAUCCAAAAAAAAUGUUAGGGGUUGUUGCUUGCUCUGUGUUUUCACCCAAAAUUGUUGCAGCAGCAAACUUUUUUUUUUUUUUUUAUCAUUAUAAUUUUUUUUUUUAAGACCUUGGACUGUAAACAUCACCAUUACUCCGCUGUGUCAGACAUGGUUUACUUAUUGGCCUAAAAAAAAAAGGAUUAAAAGUUGAAGAUGUGCGUGACGGUGUGGAAUGACGUGACAUGAUGUGGAAUGACGCUUGGCUUACGUUGCUUUAUUCACUUAGAGUUGGCGUCUGAAUCUUUCCAAGUGUACCAGCAAUGCAAAAAAAAAAAAAAAACACAAUAAAAAUAUAAUAAAUAAAAAUAAAUGAACUUACACAUGCUCUCGUUGCAGCUCUGGAGUUUAAUUAGGAGUUUCACAGUGUUUUCCCCACAGGUGUGAAAUAUACUUGCGGCAGUAGCCGGCACAAAAGUGGUCGAUUUCAUCCAACAUUUAACAAAAUAUUUGUAUGUUUAUUUAAUUUCUAUUAAAUUCACAUUUAAGAGAUUCAA